AUGCCUCGUUCACCCACUUGCAGUCCAAUUUUCGAAUUCCCAACAGAGAUGGCCACGAGCUUGGUGAUCCCGAAGAUAUCCAUAAGAACCCAUUCGGAAAUCAAGAGUCAAGCAUUGUCACCAAGAAUCAAUCUCAAGUCACCACUUACCACGAAAUCCAAAUCAAGAACCGGGAUUCCAAUCAUCAUCGGAACAAAUUGUGAUACAAGAUCUUCCGAACUUGGAGCGACCGGCCAGUCCGGCGAUAAAUCUUCACGGGACCCAACUCUUAGGGAAUCUGAUAAUUCUUACUUCGACGUUAGUGCUGAGCCCGACGAUGAGGACUAUGUCGUUGACGAGUAUUCUCAUGCGGGUCAAAAGUCAACCGAAACAGUGGUCUAUUCGAAGAGUUUGUCAACACCCCAUUCUCCGGAGAGUAGUAUCAGCUCUCAACCCUCUCUAGCAGAACAAUGCUUGAUGCAGAAAGAGUUUCGAGUUGAAGUUAGGGAAUAUGACGCCGAGAAAGCCGAAGGCUCGGAGCAAAACGACGGGUCGGAGUCGGAUCAAGGAUGUUGUGGCUGCUUCGGAUGGCUAGCAGCCUUCUGGAAGCGUGGGACCUGA